UACAAAGUUCGUGUCAGAGUUCAGACAGUCUCUCUGUUCUCUCUCUACAUUUCUAUCAAAAUCUCUCUCUAUCUAACGCGAUCUCUUUUGUUCUCGUUACUACCUCUCAAAUUCGAAAUCUUUCUCUCAUUUCUUAGAUUCAGAUUUUUAUUGGGUCUCUUUUAUUUUUGCUUCUUUCACUCUUCAGAGUUCAAACUUGGAAGAUUUGUUGUUUUAAUCAAUCACUUCAUCACUUCAUCUACCUCUACCUCAGCUUCGAUGCUUCAUCGAGCAUAUGGAAAAGUUUAUAAUGUCUGCAGGUUUAUAAUCUCUGAAAGUUUACGAUAUCACUCAAAACUUCCUUCCUGGAAUGUUAGCUGCAACUUUCAUGCAACUCCUGUAGUGAACUUCGUUGUUGAACGAAGGACUCGAACUUUCUAAGACAUCAAGCAUUCGAGGGUGUUCAUGUGGUUCGAAACUUCAUACAGAGAUGCUAUGUUGAAUGUUUGAUAUCAGUAUGGAAUAGCUUAGGAAAAAUUUGCAUAGUGAUCCUUCAAAACCAAACAGAAAAAUUGAGAAAAAGAUGCCUUCAUGGUGGGGAAAGUCAUCAUCUAAAGAAGUGAAGAAGAAAGCAAACAAGGAAAGUUUUAUUGAUACAUUACACAGAAGAUUUAAGAGUCCAUCUGAUGGUAAGCUAAAUGGUAGACCUGGAGGUUCUCGAAGACGCUGCAGUGACACAAUCUCAGAGAGGGGAUCUCAAUCUCGAGCAGAAACAAGAUCGCCAUCACCUUCAUCAAAACAUGUUUCUAGGUGUCAAAGUUUUGCUGAGAGACCCCAUGCCCAACCACUUCCCCUUCCUGGUGUGCACCCUGCAAGUGUGGGGCGUACAGACUCUGGAAUUGGUGUAUCAACAAAACCAAGAUUGGAAAAGGGUGCAAAGUCAUCAUUGUUUUUGCCUCUCCCAAGACCUGGAUGCAUUCACAAUAAGUCGAAUCCAACAGAUUUAGAUGGGGAUUUGGUCACUGCUUCAGUUUUCAGUGAGAGCUCCACUGAUAGUGAAGAUCCUGCGGACUCCAGACAUCGUAGUCCUCUGGCAACUGACUAUGACCUUGGGACCAGAACUAUUGCUAGCAGCCCUUCCAGUGCAAUGGUCAAGGAUCACUGUGCUACCGUCAGCCAAGUGAACUCAAGAGAGGCAAAGAAACCAGCUAACCUUUCUUUUGGCAACCAUACCUCCCCAACGUCACCUAAACGGAGACCUAUAAGCAGUCAUGUGCCGAAUCUACAGGUUCCAAAACAUGGUUCUUUCUGCAGUGCUCCAGACAGCUAUAUGUCAAGUCCUUCCAGAAGUCCUAUGAGAGCAUUUGGCGCUGAGCAAGUCAUAAACUCUGCUUUCUGGGCUGGGAAGCCAUACCCAGAUGUCAAUUUACUAGGAUCUGGCCACUGCUCCAGCCCUGGUUCAGGUUACAAUUCUGGACAUAAUUCAAUGGGAGGGGAUAUGUCAGGACAAUUAUUCUGGCAGCAAAGCAGGGGUAGCCCUGAAUGUUCUCCAAUACCUAGUCCUAGAAUGACCAGUCCUGGCCCCAGCUCUAGAGUCCAGAGCGGUGCUGUUACUCCAAUUCAUCCUAGAGCAGGAGGGACAAUCGAGUCCCAGACAAGCUGGCCAGAUGAUGCAAAACAACAAAGUCACCGGCUACCCCUCCCUCCUGUAACAGUUUCCAGCCCCUCUCCCUUUUCUCAUUCAAACUCGGCAGCAGCAUCUCCUUCUGUGCCACGAAGUCCAGGAAGGGCAGAGAACCCAACAAGCCCUGGGUCUCGCUGGAAAAAAGGAAAGCUGCUAGGUAGAGGCACAUUUGGACAUGUCUAUCUUGGAUUUAACAGUGAAAGCGGUGAAAUGUGUGCAAUGAAGGAGGUGACAGUGUUUUCAGAUGAUGCCAAGUCAAAAGAAAGUGCUAAGCAGUUGAUGCAGGAAAUUUCUCUUUUAAGCCGCUUUCGGCACCAAAACAUUGUGCAGUACUAUGGAUCUGAGACGGUUGGUGACCGACUUUAUAUAUACUUGGAGUUUGUAUCUGGCGGGUCCAUAUAUAAACUUCUCCAGGAGUAUGGCCAGUUGGGCGAGCAAGUUAUUCGCAGUUAUACCCAGCAAAUCUUGUCAGGACUUGCAUUUUUGCAUUCUAAAAGCAUUGUCCAUAGAGAUAUCAAAGGAGCAAACAUACUUGUAGAUCCGAAUGGUCGUGUUAAAUUAGCUGAUUUUGGCAUGGCAAAACAUAUCACUGGGCAGUCAUGUCCGCUAUCAUUCAAGGGAAGCCCUUAUUGGAUGGCCCCUGAGGUUAUAAAGUACCCAAAUGGCUGUAAUAUUGCUGUGGAUAUAUGGAGUCUUGGAUGCACUGUUUUGGAGAUGGCUACUACAAAACCACCUUGGAGCCAGUUUGAAGGGGUUGCUGCCAUGUUUAAAAUUGGAAAUAGCAAGGAUCUCCCAGAAAUUCCAGAGGACCUCUCGGAUGAAGGGAAGGACUUUGUAAGGCAAUGUUUGCAACGCAAUCCACUACAUCGUCCUACAGCUUCCCAGCUUUUAGAGCAUCCUUUUGUAAAAUUAGCUGCACCUUUGGAAAGACCUAUUCUGUGCCUUGAUCAUACAGAUCCACCCCCUGGGGUUUCAAAUGGAGUUAAAACUCUGGGCAUUAAUCAUGCAAGAAAUUUUCUCACCUUGGAUUCAGAGAGGCUCGCGGUUCAUUCAUCUAGAGUAUCAAAAACUGGUCUACAUACCAGUGAUUUACACAUUCCAAGGAACAUAUCAUGCCCUGUUUCUCCCAUUGGAAGCCCUCUGUUGCAUUCAAGGUCGCCACAACAUCUGAAUGGAAGAAUGUCUCCUUCACCCAUAGCUAGCCCACGGACCACUUCUGGCUCAUCCACACCUCUGACAGGUGGCACUGGUGCUAUACCUUUUAAUCACUUGAAGCAUUCAGUUCACUUCCAAGAGGGUUUUGGAAACAUGCCAAAUCACUCAAAUGGCAUAUAUGUCAAUGGCUUGGCUUAUAAUGAUUCCAGUCCUGAUCUUUUUCGAGGAAUGCAGCCAGGUUCUCCCAUCUUCUCAGAGCUGGUUCCAUGUGAAAAUGAUCUCAUAGGAAAGCAGCUUGGAAGGCCUACUCAAGGGGAACCUUAUGACGGACAGUCAGUGUUGGCUGAUCGAGUGUCUCGGCAGCUUUUGAGGGGUCAUGUGAAAAUGAAACCAUCCCUGGAUCUAAGUCCCAGUCCCAACUCUCCUUCACCCAGUCGAACUGGAGGUAUAUAAUCUAAUAAAUUGGUUGUGGGCUGACGGAUCAAAGACUGACAGAUCAAAGCAAGCUUUCAAGGUUUUGAGAUGGUCAUUUUGGUUCUAUAUGAUUUUUUAUUCAUGACAUUAACAGCUGUGGAAAACUAGCAUGUUCAAUAAGGGGUAGGAAAUGUGGAAUAAGGUUUAAGGUGAUGAAGUGGCUGGGGGCAGACUGGUUCGUGUAGUUCCAAGCUUAUGCAUUCGGAUCCAUGCAUGACAAGCAUGUUAAGGUAUUUGACAGUACUCACUCUGGUCGGAUCUUUAGAUGCACUGAAAUGGAGCUUGCUAACUAGAGUAAGAAACUCGCUCGUGUGGGCAUUUUGUGGUGACAUGACUUGCGAACUUGCACGAACUUAAGAGCGCAAAUCUUUCUAGCCCCCCCCCCCCCCCCCCCCCCCCCAAUCCAUUGUAUGGCAGUGUUCCUUUAGUAAGGAAAUUAUUCAUGGCAUUGAGAACUGUAUAUUCUUUUAGAUCAUGGUAUAGAAGUAGCAAGUACAAUUAUUACUUUUCUGGGUCUGAAACGGCUGUACAGAAGAUGAACCGAACUGGGAUUAGAAAUUUGUUUUACGCAGCAGAUGUGGAUUUGACGAGCCUGUGCUUAUCUGUUUCGUGCAAUGGUUUAUGCUGGGGCAGAUUAACUGUUGUCGUUCAAACUGAUUAACAUGUAUGUACCUUACCACUAGCAACUGAAAAGAAUCCAGUCCAGGGAUUUCUGUAUUUCCUAGUUCUCAUCAAUUUACUUAAUAAUAAGGUAUCUUGUGCCUUUCUACUUA